AUGGCGAGGAGCAGGGACCGCGUCCGCUUCAACUGUGGGCGCGUGAUCUUCGAGACGACCAGCACCACGCUCGCCAACGCCGGCCGCGACUCCAUGCUCGGCGUCCUCGACGACUCCUGGAAACCUCUCAGCGGCGGGGGCGGGGGCGGCGGCGGCGGAGGCCCGAUCCCGGAGUACUUCAUCGACCGUAACCGGCGUGCUUCGGGGUGCUCUCUGGACCUGCUCCGCACGCGGCGAGCUGCACGUGCGGCGCACGUGCCGGAGCGGCUCCUCCUCCGCGAGCGCUCUUCUACGGGCCUGCUCGGGCACGUCGCCGCGCCGCGCGCGGGCCGCCCGCUCGACGGUCCCGCCUGCAGCUCGCCCGCUCCGUCCCGGCCGCGCCCCGGCGACGGCACCGGUCGCGCCUCCCCCGACGGCGGUGCUGCGGGCCACGGUUGCCUCGCCCACGUCUACGACUGGGCCCUCCACCCCCACCCCCGCUCUCCCUCGACCACAGCCCUCAACGACGCCGCCUUCCUCUCCCCCCGCCUCCUCCUCCUCUCCGCCGCGAGCGCGCCGCCCCCGCCCCCCUGCUCCGGCCUCGCCCCUGCCCAAGUCCUUCACGCCGGCGCCCUCGCCCUCGACGACGCCGCCGACGCCGUCUUCUCAAGCUAAGGCCGCUUCAACGAGUACGGCGUCGGCCGUCUGGGACGCCGCCUCCGGCGCCAGUCCACUUCUUCUACUCAGCCCCCCGGCUGCCCCCUCGGCGACGCCGACAACCCCCUUUCGUCCUCCGCUGCCUCAUGCGUCGCCUCCCUCUUCCGCACGAACGACUGCUUCCAUCGCCUCCUCGACUUCCGCUCCCGCGGCCGCCACUUCCUGAACCCGACCGGCGCCACCCUCUGCCCCUUCGCCACCUCCUCCCUCGACGACAAGCGCGUCCUCCACGCCAUCGCCACCGACGACAACCGCUCCGUCUGCGUCGUCAACCAGUACGACGACCUCGGCUUCAUCGACCUCCGCACCAGCGCCGCCGCCGCCGCCGCCGUGCGGUGGAGCUCGCGCAGCAAGCUCACGAACCGCAAGGUGGCGGCGUCCUCCGCCGCCGCCGCCGCCGCGGUGGAGAGCUGCUACCCGAAGCUCGCCAUGCACAACGGGCAGCUCUUCUCGUCCAUGAACGACAGCAUCUCCGUCUUCUGCGGGCCCGAGUUCGUGCUCACGUCCACGCUCCGCCGCAGCUACGGCGGCCCCAUCUGCGACUUCUCGAUCGGCGGCGACCGCCUCUUCGCGCUGCACAACGAGGAGAACGUGUUCGACGUUUGGGAGACCCCGCCCGCGCCGAUCAUCAUCUAGAAUUCCAUUGUAAUUCUUGUCAAUCUUUCUUUUUUCUGUUUUUUCUUUUUUGGGUUCUCUCUGAUGAUCAUCAAUUUGUUGUUCAUCUAUUUGUUGUUGUUAUUGCUGUUACAAGUGUUAAUAUGAGGAGGAAACCAAAGAAAGAAAGAAAGAAAGAAAGAAUAGUUCUCAUCUCAUGUUCUAAUGCAGGUGUUUCAUGACACAAGUAAGUAGUUGAUAUGAUUUUAACUGGGUUUCUAA